GUUUGUGAGAAAUUUUGAUGGUUUUGUUUGUUUUAUGUUUCUUCUGAUACUUGUGGUUUAAGGACUAUGAUUGCGAAUCGAUUCGAUCGGCUUUGAUCUAGUCAAAUCUCAUAUCAUUUGAUUGAAAUUGAAGUUAAUAAAACUAAUUAAUGCUACUGGGUUUUGCUUCAAAUGAACCGUGGAUAAACUCAACAAAACUUAAGAUGCAUUGUACUGCAUUUAUUUUGUGUCUCAUCUCUGUGUGAGCGCGUCUGUGUUUCAUUUCGGCAUUUGUUUGUGGAGAGGGACAAAUGUGUACUGGGAAUCUAUCUUUUGGAUUUAUUCUUAUUAUUUACUUGGUUGUUGGCUGUUGCAAUGGUCUUCGUUUGGGUAUAGAGUUAUAGAUAAAGUUAAUCGGGAAAUAAUACUAACCAUCGAUGUAUUUUCUUUUCAGGCUAGAGUUUAGGAGCAGAGAUUGUUGAUAUUUUGACAUAAGGCUCUUUGUGGUUGGUCGAGUUACUGUUGGGUGUGGAUUAUAUAUUUGUCAUUCUUGUACUUUUUUGUGGUUAAAGGAUGACUAGACAACAAGGUGGCAAGGAGAAGAAAGAUGAUAAAUCUUCUUUGCACAAAAGUGUUGACGUUGUGCAAAGAAAAUCAGUUUUUGGAAAAUAUUCUGAGGCAGAAAUGUUAGCUCUGCUGAAAGGGCUUGCUAUGGAUCCUUGUCAGCCACAAUUUUCUCUGGAGAAAACACAGCCACUGCGGAAUGAGAUUCUUAGGCUGCGAAAAGUUAUGGUUCUCAAUGAAACUGAAAUUCCUCCUUGGAGAAAGCGUAAACUCCAGCGGUUUGUUAAAGAUAAGCUGGGAGCUCCUGGAUAUUCCUUGCCCAACCAACAAAAUGGCACAAAACUGAGAAGGGGGCAGCUGUCCCAUGUCUCUUCUAUUUCAUGCUUGCUCAAUUCGGUUAACACUACGGAAUGCUUUGGGCAUAAAAUUCUGUCUGACUCUCGUAGUUCAAGUAGUUUAUUGACAUUUGAGGAUACAUUGCCAGAGAAACAGUUGUACCGAGAAUCCUUCUUCCUGGAUGAUGUAGUAGAUAGGAGUUUCCCCAGCAAAGAUAUAUCUCAGAUAGUAGAUUAUGACGAAUCUGCAAAUUGUUUGAUCACUUUGAGUCCAGAAAACCUAACUGUUAAUGAGGCACCAUCUCUGGAUCUUAAUGAUGCAAUUCGAUAUUUGAAUUCAACGACACUUCAUGGGGCAAAGAGGAACCACCUUCAGCCACCUCGCAAAUCAAUCAGGUUGCUGAAUUUCAUUGGUGAUCAUCUUGAGAAUAAGGUUGUUCCUGUUGGGCCUCGGUUCCAGGCUGAUGUUCCUGAGUGGAAUGGUCCUAUCAGAAUUAAAAAUUCUUCCGAGAAUUCCCGGUGGUUGGGCUCUAGAGUUUGGCCAAUUGAAAUUGGAAAUGCGAAAAGCACCGGCAGAAAAGUAGGAAAAGGAAGACCAAACUCCUGCCGCUGUGUCUCUCCAGGAUCUGAUGAUUGUAUUAGAAACCACAUUCUGGAGAAAAGAUUAAUUUUGCAAUGUGAUCUUGGACCUGCUUUUUUUAGUUGGAACUUCGAUGAGAUGGGAGAACAAGUUUCAAGUCCAUGGACUUUGAAGGAACGGAAAAUUUUUGAGUCAUUGUUAAAAAUGAAACCACUCUCGAGUAGAAACAACUUUAUGAAGCGUGCUUUGAUGCGUUUCCCAAAAAAAAGUAGUCAAGAGAUUGUCCACUAUUACUUCACUGUUUUUAUUCCGCAGCGUAUGAGCCAGCAGAGGAGGUUGUCCAUGAAACAAGUUGACACUGAUAAUGAGGAGGAGGAUGAUUUUAAUGACAUAAGUGUGCAGAGAUGUGAAGGAAGCCGUGCCGUCAUCAACAAUUCCAAAGAUGUAAAGACUCGAUAUUUACGCGGUGGUUGUUGACAACAUUGAACACCGUCCAGUUGGAAGGUUCAUCAUGUAGUCUUGUAUCUUUAUACCUUUUUGUGUUUUUCUCCUAGGCAUACCUGAGGUUUUUUUUCUUUUUGCGUUUCAAAGAAUACACAUCAACAUUCUCAGCCCUUAGAUUUUGAUCAUCUCGAUAAUGUCAAUGCUUCUCUCAACAAAUUUUCUGUUGAACAUACUGUUAGUUGCUUCCAAAGGCUUUUUAAUCGUGUCCUGAAAGCCGUGGAGAGAUUGCUUUAGUAUGAACUCAUUUCCAGCUUCUCAUUGUUGCCGAAGCAAAACCUUUUUUCUUCUCAUUACAGUUUGGUGCUCAAACCCUGUUAGAACCAGUGAUUAAUGAAAAUUGUUCUUGUUCAUGUUGUUUGUAAA